CAACAGUUCUAAGAGUGAAACCAGCAUAUCAUACAAAUUAUGUUAAGGAUGGAGGCUGUGAGAAGUACAAUUGUUAUGGAGGGAAGGAAGGUCUCCUGGACAAGUCCACCAUUGUUGCUCUUUGCAAUGCUUACUAUUAUUAACACUUUGUCGGCGUGUCCCACACACUGCUCUUGUAAAACUUACGAAGUGGAUUGCAGCAAUCUUGGCUUGGUGACUAUCCCAACAGACAUUCCAUCAGACAUUAAAUUUCUCUCGCUCAGUAACAAUAAACUCAGAACCUUCCAGGCUCUCACAUUCACUAAUUUUACCACAUUGGAGAAGCUGGACCUGUCCAACAACUACCUGGACCAACUACCAUCGGAUGCAUUUGAUUACAUCAGGAACCUGAUUGACCUCAAUUUGCGAAACAACAGCAUUCGAAGCCUGGAUAAAAAUAUCUUCUAUAAAACCACCAACCUGCAGAGGUUAGACCUUUCUGUUAAUGGCCUCUCUCAGAUUCCACUACUUUUAUUUGAUGAAAUGCAGAACUUGACCUGGUUGAAUUUGGAAGAGAAUAGGAUGCCAAAUCUCGAAAGAGAGGUCUUUGAGCCACUUGAAGUUCUCCAGCAAUUGCUGCUUGGCGGGAACCCCUGGGAGUGUGACUGCAGUCUGAGGGAGUUCAAACACUGGAUGGAAUGGUUCCAGUACAAAGGUGGAAAGCUCGAUGGAAUUGAAUGUUCCCUGCCAAAGGGCCUCCGAGGGAAAGAUCUCAGAGUAAUUCCAAUAGAGAUGUUCAACUAUUGUAUCCAAUUAGAGGAUGAAAACAAAUCUUCAGCAAAUAAAAAAACAGUCACUGCCCCUCCCUGUGUGAAGCAAGAACUCAUCACUUCAAGGCCGCAGUACAUUCAUACCUCAGACUGUGCAAGACAACGUUACCGUCCAGCCAGUGUCAGGCGAGCUAUUGGGACAGUCAUCAUUGCUGGAGUCUUAUGUGGAAUUGUUUGCAUCAUGAUGGUGGUUGCUGGAGCAUAUGGCUGCAUAUAUGCCUCCUUGAUGGCAAAAUACCACCGGGAGCUUAAAAAGCGCCAGCCACUGAUGGGAGAUGGUGAGCAAGAGCAGGAGGAACAAAAGCAAGCUUCUUCCAUGGCAUGA